CUCAGUCCAGCUUGUGACAGCGAGUCCAGUAGUAUAACCGGAGACGCCACGGUCCCGCUCAGCCAGUCAGGUCCGCUGCUCUCAGACGCGCCGGUUGGUUCCACGCGCUCCGCUCCCUCCGGUAGUCCAUACUCAUUCAGGUAGUCCGCUCGUGCACUGACAGUCCAACUAGUUCGGUUCAGUGUCCUGACUCUUCUCUUGUCAGCCCGGGAAGUUCGAGUACUGACGGGCGGAGCUGUCUCUGUCUGUCCAGGAAUGAGAGAUGAUGGCCGGCUCUACAGCAGAGGAAAAAACCUUCCGACGGUUCCUGGAGCUCUUUCUCCGGGAGAUGAGAAUGCCUCUGCAGGAGAGCGACCCGCCGCCGAUGCGCCCCUUGUCGGACCUGGUGAUUGAGGAAGAGGUGGAGGGGGAAUGCCUCGACCUGUGUCUCCAGCACCUCUACAAAUAUAACUGCCCAUGCUCCUUGGCUGCAGCCCUUGCCAGAGCCACAGCAGACAGCCUCCUGCAGACUGACCUCUCCAUCCACCACCUCAAUAAGACCGUAGAAGAUGGAGCUGACCCAUUACCACAGAUGGAGUCUGUAAAGCUGGCCCGACUGGUGUUCAACAGACUGUUUGAGAUGUGCUGCCUCUGGCUGAAGGAGCUUCCUUUCCGCCGCCGUCCACAGCCGUACUACGAAACCUCCAUCCAUGCCAUCAAGAACAUGAGGCGCAAAAUGGAGGACAAACACGUCAUCAUCCCUGACUUCAACACGCUCUUCAACAUUCAGGAUCAGGAGGAACAGGCUUACUUUGCUGUGUUUGACGGUCACGGCGGUGUGGACGCUGCCAUUUUCGCUGCCAACCACCUCCAUGUCAACUUAGUCCAUCAGGAAUCAUUCGGCCAGGACCCCAUCGAGGCGCUCUGCAGAGCCUUCAAAGCCACGGAUGAACAAUUUGUGAAGAAGGCUUCACGAGAGCACCUGCGUUGCGGCACGACGGGCGUGGUGACGUUCCUGCGAGGUCGGACUUUGUAUGUGGCCUGGCUGGGAGACUCCCAGGUCAUUCUGGUCAGAAAAGGACAGGUCGUGGAGCUGAUGAAACCACAUAAACCAGACAGAGAGGAUGAGAAGCAGAGGAUCGAGGCUCUGGGAGGCUGUGUGAUCUGGUUUGGCACAUGGAGGGUUAACGGCAGUCUGUCUGUAUCCAGAGCAAUAGGUGAUUCAGAGCAUAAGCCCUACAUCUGUGGUGAUGCAGACCAUGGCAUCUUCCCAUUGGAUGGUACAGAGGACUACCUGAUUCUGGCCUGUGAUGGCUUCUGGGACACCGUGGGUCCAGACGAGGCGGUGCGGGUGGUCAGCGACCACCUCCAGGAGAACUCCGGAGACACCACCAUGGUAGCCCACAAGCUGGUGGCCUCAGCCCGUGACGCAGGCUCUAGUGAUAAUAUCACAGUCAUAGUGGUCUUCUUGCGGGACCCACGCACCCCACCACCCACUGGCACAGAGGACGAGGAGGAGGGUGUUGUAGAGGGAGAGGUGGAAGAGGAGGAGGAGGAGGUAGCAGAGGUGGAGGAGGAGGAACAGGAAGAGGAGGAUGAGGAGGAAGAAGAGGCAGUCAGAGUAGAGCGUGAUGGUGGUGAGGGAGGCAGCACUGCGGACAUCGGGGGGAAGGGUCGCGGAGGUUGGCCCCUGCAGCAGUGCUCAGCCCCUGCCGAUCUCAGCUACGAAGACCGAACGGACUCGCUCACGGACAGAACUAGCCUCAGCCUGCUGGGGCCGUCGCUGGAGGGCCGCAUCACCCUGACCGGGGGCUCACAGCAGCCCUUCUCCAACUUUAGCCCCGACCUCUUCACAGCCUCCCACAUCUAUCGAGAAGAACGCCCACUGAGGCGCAGGUCCUGUAUCCCCUUUCAGGAGGCCAGCAUCUCUAGCUUCACGGACCCACUGUGGCCCCAGACAGCCAUGCUGUUAGGCCAGGCAGUGAAGCGAAGCCGCAGGCUUGGUUAUGGUAGUCGCCGAUGGGGCCGAAGGAGGCCAGGCGCAUCCAAGGAGCUGCUAGGCCUGUUACCCUCUGGCCACUUGCUGCCGCACAUGCAGCGCCACUCCAACCAGAGGCCUGGAGUGGCAGUGCCUCACCUGCCCCACAAUUCCACCAUCUGAAGAGGUGACCCAAACCAAACCAUCUCCUUCAUUUAUUCAGUCCUGCCCCUCAGCCCACCCACCCACCCACCUCUGCCUUCAACAUGUCUUUCUUUGAUAGUAGGUAGUUGUGGCUCCUGCAGUCGUUACGUGAUUAUUGAAACUCUGUCGGAGGAGUGGUGCUCUCUGUCCUAAGCCGAAAUGUCUCCAAAUGUAAGCCGGCCCACUAAACACAAGCCCUGCUCCUCAGUGCUGUAGGUAAAGCGCAAAACUGCAUCCUCUCCAUUGUGACCACUGAUCAGUCAUCAUGAAGCCAGAGCUGCAGGCUGAUGAGAUGUGUUCAGACUGAAUGUAAAAUGAAUCUGCACCGUGCAGGACACAGUUAAUUGUUGGCAGUGCAAAAAACAGAAACACCUGGAGUUCCAGCCAUAUUUUGAUUAAAUCGCCAGGACAGUGUAUUGUUAACUCGCUAGACUGGACCACGAAAAGCACCAAAAGAAGCAAAAGAUCGCUUGCAUUCAGUCUGAACACAAAUUUAAUUUAUGUGCUUGGUUGCUCCACAUUCUGGCCAGCAUCUUUAGACUAAAAUUAUGUAUUUUGGACAGAAAGAAAAAGCCUUCUAGGUGAAAAUUAGUCUCUUUCAGGUUAAUGGAAGGAAUAAAUUUGAUCUCAUCACUUGUCAAGCUUGCAGAGGAAGUAAGAAUAUACACUACUUGGCAAAAAUUAUAGGGACACUUAAACAUUACACCCUUAUAUGGUAGCUGAACAUGUCAUUCCAUACCCAUAGGCAUAAAUGCGCUCUUAUGACAGUCUCCACACUUCUUUGAAGUCUAUCCUCUAGACCGAUACAGGAUUUAUUGGAUUUUUUUUUUUCUUCUUUUAAAUAUAAACAAAACUUACAGGACACAUUCUUGAUGAGGAUUGCUUAAAAUAUGGUUAAUGAAGAACUGCAAUAAAGUACGGUGGCCCUUAGGAUCAAAAUGCAACAUUUCAGAAAACACAACAUUUUACAAACACAACCAACCCAGUCUCACUCUGAAGUCAUUGAAAUCCAGUGCUUGGGCAGCGACUUGUGCCAUCAGACACAGAUGAAAAAAGCUGUCCUUGAAUGUUGGCAUGAUACCCGGCCGGUCGACGUUACAGUUUAACAGCACCUGAUGGCAUCAGGGGGAAAUGUGACGAGACAAGAACGAAAGUUAAGGCGGCGAAAGUCCAAGUAGGGCGGGUGGGAGUGGCUGAUGGAUCCAAGAAACGCCGAACUUCACCCGGGAGAGCGGUGUUCGCGUCCCGUAAGAUUAUAAAGCCAAACCCUGUUCUUUUUUCCUAAACCUAACCACGUGCUUUUGUUGUUGAAGGAAAAAAAAACGUCAAUUCACGGUGUUGUACCAACGUAGCGCUUCUAUUUUUAAAGAAACUGAAGGUAAAUGGUAAAGUUCCUAAGAAAACAGAAGUGUAUUUUGACACCCAGGGUACCCUGGACGUCAUAUGUGGACGUGGAAAGUCCAUGACCAAACGUCAAUAUGUGACGAGGUCGGAGUGAGAGUGUGUUGACAAAACACAACAUUUCACAAAACACUACAACAUGUUUCCGAAAUGUUGUUGUGUAUUGACCCUCAGGGUCACCAUAAUAAAGACAUGUAUUGGGUUAUUAUUUUUUUGCUACUUACUGGAUGUUGAACAAAGAAUAAAAUGAUAUAUGCGCCACUACAAACAUUAGCCAAUAAUAUUGUCAAUGCCGAUGAAUCGGUCAUGCUCUAGGUGAAAAGGGAACGAGCCUUUUUAUUUCCCUUACUUAGAGUUACAAGGCAGAGACCAAAACAUUGAAAAACAGCCCUAAACCAAAAGUACACCAAAUAAUUUGGUGUUAAUCAUUUCCUUCUAUUUAAUGUCGCCCAGGUAUAAAUGCAGAGUGAGAUGACACAUCUUUUGUUUUGAGACCGCUGUCCAGAAUGUCGAGCGACCGAACAUUAAAAUAAACUCUAAUGGCGGAGUUUACCUUUUUGUCAGCAAUCCUUUGGUGGCAGAUGAAUGCAGUUCAUAGGGACUGAAGGCACAUGCUGUUCCUUCCCCUUCCCAUACAGUCAGUGACCCAGCCAUUAUCCAGCCACAAUUUGUCUACAGAUAAAAGCAUUUAACAACGGAUUAUAAAAGAUUAGCAGUCACUUACCUGAAUAAAUGGUCCACGUAGUCCAGUAUUCCAGAUGGGGAUAUACUCCUGAGAUCAUAUUUUUUUUCUUUCAUGAUGGAGGAGAAGGGUAUAUUUUUUGUCAUAGUUGUUGGGCCACAUAGCUGUUGCAAAUAUUCCAAGUGUAUUUACUUUUACACAAAAACCCAUCUAAGAGAAGUAUUUUACAGCAGGUUUGAUAAGUGCAAACCAUUUAAUGUCGGGCCAGGACAGUUGAAACCUGCAGAACACGUGCCUUCCAUAUGUGUUACUAAAGCCUACUUCCCUACUACACAUAUAUAUUUACUAAUUACUGAAUUUGUUAACAAUUCAGGACAAAUCUGGCUUUCACUUGGGUUGUAUUUUGACUCCGUGCCACUUUAAAGACAGGGUCAAAAGGUUUGACAUUUUGGGAAAUAGUUUGAUUUGCUUUCUUGCCAAGAAGAUUGAUACACUCUCAUAUCUGCACACUAAAUAUAAAGCCACAACCAGCAGCUGAUUAGCUUAGCUUAGCAUAAAGAGUGGAAGCAAAGGGGAACAGUUAGCUUUAGCUUCUAGGACCAGUUGCACAAAGCACCUUUAGUUUACUCCUUACGUAUGACACUUAAGGUUUAGUUUUUCCUUAGCUGAGGAAAUAACUUAAGGGUGUUGCACAGAAUCUUGUAAAAGGUUUCCUUAGUCAAGGAAAGGCAUUCAGGCAUUUACUGCACUGAAAGAGAUUUUACAACAGUGAAAUUCUGCUGUUUCCAUGGAGACCAUUUGUUUGCUUGAACAGGCGCUUGUGAUAACUAUCGCUUCCUGUUGUCGCACCUAAGUAGCGUCUCCAAAGUCAGCCUGAUAUUUUAAAAAAAAAUGGCAGAAGAUAAGAAGACAAAAAACAAAAUGGUGAGAGGAAGAAAAAUCAGACUUCUAGAGGAGUUCAAUAAAAGAAAAAACAAACUGAAAAAUAAAUCUGAUCCAAAAAUAACAGCCAACAUGAAGCAACAAAUGUAGGAGGCAAUGUUUGGACGGGAACUUCACCACGCUGUUCGCCAAAGGGUGAGGGUGUUUGAAACCCGGCGAGUGACAUGACACACCGUCGACUUGUGUAUGUGAAAUACCUCGCCAAUAACUGAUUGAAAAGAUCCUUUUGCAUUAAAACCAUAGGGCAAUCAUUAGUUGUGGAGCCUGAUCUCACUCCGAAGUCGUCGAAAUCCAGUGCUUGGGCAGUGAUUUGCGGCCUCAGAAACCAAUGAAAAAAGGCGUCCUUUAACGUUGGCAUGAUAGGCGGCUGGUUGCCGUUAUAGUUUAACGGUGCCCAGCAGCAUCAGGGAUGAAAGUUAAGGCGGCGAAAGUCAGACUGGGGCAGGUGGGUCCAACAAACACCAACGUUCACCUGUGAGAGCAGUGUUCGCGUCCCGUAAGAUUCUAAAGCCAAACCUUCUUCUUUUUACCUCAACCCAACCAUGCGACAUAGUGCGUUUAUUUUGAAAGAGACUGUAUGUAAACGUUAAAUUUCCUGUGAAAACUGAAGUGUGUUUUAAAAACCAACUAACCAGCUGCUGGCUACAUAGUAGCUGCACAUGUAGCGUACAGACAUGAGAGAGGAACCAACCUUCCCAUCAAUAAAGUGAAUAUUUCCCAAAAUGUCCUUUUAGAUCCAAAAUCCUUUGGAUAACAUGAAGAGAAUCUGCACGUUAGAGAGCACAGUUUUCUAUCUGUAAUCUAUACAGUCGUGGUGCUGAUGGCCCCUCCGGCUCUGCAACAAUACUACGCAGCAAACAUCCCAGUCAUCACCAACUGCAAGAUAGCCGGGCUCCUGUGGCCCCAUGUCGCCUUUAAUAAUUGGAUCUUUCUCUGAUCUGAUCUAGAUUCAACAACGGAGAGCCCCCUCUGUGCCGUCUAACACGCUGCUGACAAUGCUGCACUUCAGUUAUGUAAGCAAGUCUUUAUGCCACCUUUCAUAAGACUGAACUUGUCCAUGAGACAUGAAUGCCAGUUUCGACAUUCAUUGGUUUCAUAUAUCUGACGCCAAUAUGGUAGCGUUCCUCUUUAAUGCUAACUCAUAAUCAUAAUUAACAAAUGUAAUCUAAUACUAAUUUGUAUGAUAAAAUAUGACAGCACCCAGUUAACUUGGAGAGACUGAUCUGUGGAAAGACGUCUGUCACUUUGCUUUAAAUGUGUAACUUUUGUUUUCAAAUACACACAAUAGCAUUACUGUAUCUAAACAUACUUAUUGACUAUAAACUAGCUGUAACACACACUUGCUAUGAAACUAUUAAAUGAUAGGUAAACCUUGACCCACAUUCCCCCGAGUUACUAACUCUGACUUUAAUUUUCAAAGUACUAAAAUGGUUUGGUUGCCUACUAAAUAUUUAGUUUGUUGUGGGAGCAAAUGACUGUUCGCUAAGCCUCACCCCCGCUUAGUUACUGUUGUUACAGCUGUCAGGCUUUCCGUUCUCGCAUGAUAAAUAUGCAGAUUUAGCUACCACUUGAAAUUGGUAGUAAUUUUGUUAAACAAUAAGUCCUUGAUUUCACUUAAGCUUCUCAUUUCUGGUCGCCAACUAGGUAGCAUACUUUUAUUGUAGCUUUUACCUCAUUAGAAUGCUCAUCUUACAGAAAAACAUACUUGGACAAGCAACACAAACAGUGUGUCUCUAAUCGCAAACUUACGUUAGUACACUUCAAUGUAGUACAUCAUGUACACUACGUACUUCUUGUGUGGUGCACUUAUUUCAGGGUAGUGUUGUCUCAAAUUGCGCACUAACGUUUUGCACUUACUGGAAGUGACGACGGCUUUUUUUUAACUGCCUUUUCAUCUUCAUUAUCUUUUUAUUUUGAAUUGGCAAAUUGUAAAUGUAUGGUGGUGCAUUAUUGCCAACAUCUCACCACUAUCUCCAUCAAACCAUACACAUUUCUCUUGUAUUUUGGAGUUAGGAAAGGCUACAAAAGAGCCUUGAAACUCAACAUACCAACUAUGUGGAAUCAUCCAAAGUUUGACAGCCUUCCAUGCCUAUGUACAGUUGAUAUGUAAGCUUUGAUUGGACAGUUGCUGUUUGAGGGUGGGUUUUACCGAACAGUCAUUUUGGACACAUUAAUUAUUCCCUAACAUUCCCUAACAUCGUCACUCCCCACUCUUAAGUUGAUGCAGUUAAUUUCUAAAGGUCAGGAUGUUAGUGAUGACCAGGUUCUGUAAAUCGUGCCUCCACUCUCCUGGCCCCGUCACACAUGAAAGGUGUGAUAUGACAACACGCGAUUCACCAGACAAACAGGUACUGGUUUGAGGGCCAUCGCCUCCCCUUUCAGUCGUACUAGUGAAUGGGGGACUCCCUCUCCCGCGAACCAUCCCAUGGACUGACUAGUGAAGAGCAUCAGUGGAGCAGAAUGUACCUCAUGUGUCCCAGAAUGUCCUCAGAGACUUGGUGAAGUGUGUCGACAUGAAUUGGUGUUUUUUUGGGGAGAAGAUUCGUCUCUCCAAAAGGCAUCUUAGCUAUGAGGAAUGUACUAUUGAGACACUCAACAAACUAAAGCCACUGGAUCCCUUUUGUGGUCGAUACCCGAAGAAGAUCAACGGAAAUCACAGUCAUUUUGAAUAUUCACGUAGGCACGGAUGCGUAUGUAUAUUAUGAGUACUAACUGUGAGGCAAGCGAGUGCUGGAGGAGUGUACAUAUAAUAAUUCUGUCUUGUAAAUCAGUAGUUUUAAUCCAUGCUCCACCAGGCCUGAUGGUAGGGUCAGAUGUUGGAUCUAGGUCCCAAAAUCUCCCGCCACCAGGCUGAGGUGGAGGUAAGGGUGUGAUGUAACUGAACAGCCUGAGAGGGGCAUCAGUUCAUAAACACUGCCGCUGCCUUCGAGAGCUGCUAAAGUAUUUAAAAGGUGUUGAACCAGUCUGGCUUUCACUGGAGAGUUGUAGUGUACUAUCGUGGCCUAGCUGCUGUUUGUCCCUGCUUUCUUACCCUGACAUGAAUAAAAAAAAAAACAGGGACAUAAAGAUGUUAAUUAUUGGCUUGAAAUACUGUAUUUCCAAUCUGCAGCUUAGAUUUUAAAACAUUUUUAUCAGUACCAGCCUUAUAAAAACAUCUUGCCUAUCAAAUUACGUCAGUAGUUUGUAGGUUUUCAUUCCAACUCUGCAGGUGUUAGAUGAUUAGCCUGGUGUUGAUUAGAGACGAGGAACACGAGUGAACGGAGCUGCUGUGGUGUUAGGAUUUAAUAGUUUCACUGUGUUACAAGUCUUUUAGAUAACAGUAGAGUAGAUCUUUUACACGGAUCACACAGGGCAGUAAACUCUAGAGAAGCAGAGCUGCCACGGUUUGUCUCAGGAUCUUGUUAUAAUGACAAAGUGUUUUUGUUUCAGGGGGAAUGGACCCUGUAACUCCUAAUAAUCAGAAAGAGUUCAAGAGAAUAAACAGGCUUAUCCCUGCCAACAUCACCUCUUCAAAGCCUGAUGUCAAAACUACCGAUGCUGACCUUAGACUAAGGGUGCUUUCGGACUUGCCCUGUUUGGUUCAAUCAAACUUGUUUGCCCACUAAGUGCAGUUCGUUUGGGCAGAUGUGAACACAGCAAUUGCACUCAAGUGCGCACCAAAACAACCGGUCAGAGACCUUCUUGAAGAGGUGGUCUCGGUCUGGUUCCAAACUUUUCUCGUCUUGACAUUCCAACAAAAUCAAACAUGUUUAAUAUUACCGUAAUUUUUUUUAGUUUGGGCUUUUGCAAAUACUGAAAUUUAAUGAUGUGAACAUUCUAAACAACUAACAGCAACCAAUGGUUGUAAGUUGAGGCAACAAAAUCGUGUUACGUGUUUUUGCAGACAUGUAAGAAAUUGUUAAUAUGUCACAUUUCUUAAAGGGAGUUUGGCAUAAUAUUUUCCACCAAUAGCAGGAUGGAAAGUAAUCUCAAAAAUGAAUCUAGUUGUCGUCUUGCAAAUAGUGACCCUGCAAGAUCCUCAGUCUUUGCAAAAUCUUACGGUCUGUGACCAAAAACUGACAUUCGGUUCUUCUCAAAGUCAAAGACACUCCCUUGGUAGGACAGGUCCUUCCAAAUCAGGUCCUAUAGAGGUUAGGUGAGACUCCUUCCUAGCAUUCGGUGAACACACACUGGAAUAUGCUAGCAAGUGCCCAGGUAUGUGUUAUUGAAGAGGCCCUGCCUUCAAUUCCACCAAAUCAUGCUCAAGAGUUGUGGGUACUUCAUGCCUGCUGACGAUACACACAUGCAUCUUUGAGAAUUCUCUGAUGGAAGGACUCGGUCCACGCUAGAAUUAAAAGGAUCCUUGACUUUGGAAUAGUCUUUCUGCGAGAUAUGAUGAUGUAGCCUCCUUGAAGUAUAGCUGUUUAAGGGGCCCACAUGCCAAGUUUUUUUGCACCCUCGACUUCAUUGUUUUUAAUGUAGAUGCACUGCAGGUGCACUCAAACACCAGAGUGACGGCAUGAUAAACUGGCUUCAACUUUUGGAAUGCAGCAGUGCACUCUGCAUGUCAUGUGACAAGGACCAAGUAAUCAUAGCUGGCAGACAUCUUUGCCUUCAUCCUUUAAUAUCAGUCUGUGAUAAAUAAGGAGGAGAAGUUAAGUAUUUUAGUGCAGGGCUGCCAGAGUUUUUCAUCUGCCCCACGAACAGCAGGCUUACACACAAAGAGCGCCUGGAAGAGGAACAGCUCUGCACUCAGGAUUUCAGGUAAAUAAGCUAUGACAAGGUGCUGGUUAAGGUUGCCUAGCAAUCUCAGAUGCAACCUGCCACCAUGCUCUGGAAAGGCACAAGAGUAGCACCCAACGCCUGACCUCAUGUCUUUCAGGUGGUUAAAAACGCUGCAUGUGUACAUUAUUAGGUGGGCAUUAUUGAAGACAUGGCAAAUUGUGCGCAAAGAGUUGUGGGUACCUCAUGCAGGCUGAGGAUACACACAUGCAUCCUUGAGAAUUCUCCAAAGGACAAACUCUGUCCUCUGUUGAACCUGAAGGAUGCUUGACUUUGGAGCAGACCUUCGGCAGAAUUCAAUGAUGUAGCCUCCUAAAAAUUCAGCCGUUGAAGGAUCCUUCCUUGACUUUGAGAAGCAUCAACCUUUAAAUGUGAGAGGGUGACAGACUUUAGUCCUUUAAAAGGUCAUAUUUCAAAGUUUUUGGGUAUGGUGGGCUUUAGUCCCCAAAGAUGUGCCCAAGAUAUUUUUUCCCAAUCAAGGUAAAAUGAGCGGCACAUGUAAUAUGCACCAUGGUUACCAUAUUAGUUUAGCACAUUAGCAUGCUAACAUUUGCUACCACUUCAUGCUACCACUGUCCUAUCAACAGAAAAAAUAAUCUCAAAAAAUAUCUCUGGGGACAAACCGCUCUCAUCUUACAACAAGAUGCUUUGUCAUUGUAACAAGAUACUCGGUCUUUUGUCAUUAUAACACGAUCUUAAAAUGAGACGAUGACGUUCUAACGAGAUGAAUUUGAAGACCACAAACGCGUCUUUUUGUGAAUGGUUGCAGAUCAUUGGAGCAUGUUGUAGCUUGUGUCCACAUCUCAAAGCAGCUGUGCAGUAGUUUUCUGUCCCCUGUGAUUCACCAAUGUAGUUUCACAGCAGGUCUGCAGUGUUGAUGUGAACUCUCUCUGCGCUCUGGAGGGAAAGAUGUACUACAACAGUGCUCAGCGACAACGAUCCAUGGGUUGCAUUCACCAAAAACCCUGUGAAUCAGUUACACAGUGUUACUCAUCGUAAUUUGCAAACCGCCAGAAGUUGUCACCAUAUGAGCAAUAAAAACAUCACUCCUUAUGGUAAAUCCUCUACCUAAAACUCGAGAGCCCCACACUUCCUCCCUCACUCAUGCUCCGCUUGCACUAAAGAUUCCUCUGAGUCGGAUGUUUCCCUUCCCUGGUGAUGAUGAAAGCAAGCAGAAGUUCAGCUCUGCUCUCCCAUAAUAAUCACUGUCUAACUAUAGGGCCCCUCCAUGAAUCUGCACUGUGUGUCUAUGCACACACACAAAAAAAAGCUUUUUCUUUUUCUCUGUAAGCAAUAAUGACGUUGCAUUAAAAGGCUCUCUGAGGGUUUGUCUUCUGCUGAAGGACGCAACAAAAAUGUGGUUCUGUCAGCCAGAACGAAAGGUCACAGAGCAGAAAUGCUGAGCUCCUGAAGUCAAUUUCUCAUUCAUUUUCCCCCUGUAGAGAAUAGGAUUAUGAGUCAUAAUCUGCUGCCUGUUGUAAGGUUCAUUUAACACACUCCUACACCUCCUGUAAAAAGUCUGUAGCCAGCUAGUUUGAGUCCAGAAUGCUUAACUUAAAUGAUCUUCAAGUCUUUGGAAAAAUGAAUUUGAAGCUUUCUUCUUUAAGUGAUAAAGGAGGCAAGACGUUUCGGCAUUCCUCUGCAGCUGGUGUACAUUUGAAGAGACUGCCUGGACUUCUCAGACCUGUGCACUCUGUUCAGAUGUACACUAAUGUGGAUGAAAGGGAGGAUGACUAAGCUCACUGAGCGCUGUGAUUGGUCCCUUCUUCUUGUCCUCUGAGCUUGAAGACAAACCCCACGAUUGGCUCUUCUUCAACAUGCAGGUUAGGUUAAAAAACAUACAAAAAAAGAGUAAAACACACAUUGAGUACCUGUAUUAUGUGUUCCUGUAGUAUAUUAAAUAUGUGUACUGUAUCUGGUGACUAAUUAUCAUGUAU